AUGGCCCAUUACAUCUUGAUUCUCGGACUCAGGUAUGGCUCCUUGCAGUUUUCUGUGCCUGUGAUGGUUGGCAGCGCUGCCUGUGGGCACCAGGGCUGCUGUGAGCAACAGGACCAGGAUGGACAGAAAGCAGGGCCAGGACCGGGGGUUCCCUCCGGUGCUUCUCGUCUGUGGACCACCUGCAGCAGACUCACCCAGGGGGCUGACCUCAGCGGGUGGCCUUCACAAACCACUGUGGCUCAGAGCACAGCCGAGGGCUUCAAGUCCAGCCAGCCCUUCACUGGCUGUGCAACGAUAGAAACCGCACUAAAGAAGCGAGGACAGAUGCAGCCACCACUGCCCUUGGUGGGGGAGGCCAUUGAACAGAAGGGCAUGCGCGCGGGGACAUGGCACGUGAAACCUAUUGUCCCGGCCUCGGCAGCCCUGGGCACGGAGGCGCCUGUCCUCCCGGGCGGCUCCCGCUCGAGGCGUGGGGAGCGUGGACGCGGGACGGGCACGUGGCCCUGGAGGUUGCCCCUGCCAGCCGCGGCCCUGGUGGGACCGGGAGCCCGGACGGGCCUCGCCGGCUUUCGGUGCGAUUCCUCAUCUGUUUCGAGUCACCAAGUACUGGCUUUGGCAGUUUGA